AUGGGACAUACGUUGUGUGAUAUGGAAGCAAGCAUUAACCUCAUGCCACUCUCAAUCUUCAAGAAAUUGGGAAUUGGUGAAGCACAACCCACUUCUGUAACUCUUCAACUCGCUGGCAGGACGAUCAAGUACCCUGAAGGAAAGAUUGAAGAUGUUCUGGUAAAAGUUGACAACUUCAUAUUCCCAGCGGAUUUCAUCAUCCUAGACUAUGACACAGACAGGGAUGUACCAAUUAUUCUUAGACGACCCUUUCUAGCCACUGGGAAAGUAUUAAUAGACGUGCAUAAGGGAGAAUUAACCAUGCGUGUAGACAAUCAGGAAGUGAAGUUUAAUGUGUGA